AGAAAACACACGUCUUUUUGUGUUUUCUUUUUGUGGCUCAGCUAGCUUUCUGCAGGAAAUCUGACCAUCUGCAUCGAUUAAAGGCGGCUUCCAAGCAGUCGACCGUUCAAAGCGGAGGUGCAGGAAAAGCAUCAUCAUCCUCGGUCAUGGCCGGAAACAAAAACUGGGAUGGCGCCGGUGGGAUGGACCAGAUAACAGUCGUGAGAAUAGACGACACUCACAUCGCUGAAGAGGAGUCGCACGUCGACGGGAAGGUGUUCUACGAGGUGGAGUGCUCGCUGCCUGCGGAGGACGAGGUCGUGGGAGAGGAUGACGAUGACGGCGUCUACGUCAUCGAGUAUUCAAACCCUGAAGAGGAGGGGGAGAGUUACCAGUUCACGAUGUCCGUAGAUCGGUCGCUCCCAGCGAAAGAGCCAAUUGUUAAAACUCCGGUGGUCAGCGAGAACCCCGGAGCUCUGCUGCCGUCCAGACCGGCGAGGUUGCGACCUCAGGUGAGCCAGAAGAGGAGGUUGGUAACCGAGGAAGAGGAGAUCAAAAGCGAAGAGUUCACGGUGAGCAAUAAGAGCGUGCUGGCACUGGGAGAGGAUUACAGCGACGUGAUGGAGAUGAACUCGGGCUCAGGUAAGAAACUGGUGUGCACGAUGUGCCCGCCGCCCGGCAAGCUUUUCAAGAGGGCGUCUGGGCUGGCGGUGCAUUUAAAGCAGAUGCACCACAUGGAGGGGAAGAAGACGUUCUUCUGCAACUCCUGCCAGCAGUCACUCCGCACUCAGAUCGAGCUGGACGCGCACACGAGGCGCCACGCCAACCAGGACGCUGUGUUCGUCUGCCGCCUCUGCGCAGCCGAGGAGGAAGCCGGCACGGAGGAGAAGAAGGGGUUCAAAGGGUCCAGGUGGGGCCUGAAGAAGCACCUGGAGAAGGAGCAUCCAGGUGUUAUCCCGCGCUGUGACAUCUGCAACAAAGGCUUCAAGACGCUCGUGUCGUACCUCGCCGACCAGUUCCGGCACGUCGGGGUGUCGCCGUACUACUGCGCCAAGUGUCAGAUCUACGAAAUGACUGAGCGCGGUCUGAGCGUGCACAUCAGAAACCACAACAAGAAGAAGAUGACUGAGCAGAAGGCUAAUGAAAGCCGCCUGCAGACUUUUGAAGUCUCCGCCGGUGCUGAUAACUCGGCGACAGACGACUCCGACUUCUGACGCUCCAGACUCACCGUUUAGCUUCGUGUUCGAGUGAAGCGGCUCACAGACGUCAGGGUCAAAUCCCACAUUUUAUGCAUCUGAACUGAAGUUUGGGCAGAAAAACUUUUCCCCUAACAGUUAGAAAACCUUUUUUGUGUGUGUGCAGUUAAUGACCAAACAUGUUACUGUUUAAGUAGAAGUGUCUAAGAAUUAUUUGAAUUCCCUUCCUUUAUUUUCAAUUAGGGAUAAUCGUAGUUGAUGAAACGGGACAAAAAACUUGUCUCAAAGAAAAACGUCCAGGAAACGGUCAGAAUCAGCACAGGCGUCCAUAUAAUAGAGGUGGGAAUCACCAUACAUCCCACGAUACGAUAUUAUCACAA